UCACACAGCAGAGGAGGGGGAGGUAUACACACUGCACACCACACACACUCUCUCUCUCACACACACUCUCUCACACACAAGCUGGCUCACACAGCCACAUUUUCUCAGGCUGCUCCUGCAGACUGACAGCAGAAGACGUAGGAGGAGAGAACAGAAGGAGAGUGAGAAAAGGAAACAAGGGAAAUAUCAACCAAGCCAGAAGAGGAGAGUCAAGCAGCACUUAUCCUUUUUCUUCAUCCACUCAGCAUUACAUUAAAACACAGGGAAUAUAGAACUCUUUGUUAAUCUGUAACUGAACAGGGGCUGCUCUGCUCUGUUCUGCUGAGAGGGACCCGCUCUGCUGAGAAACCUGCUCUGCCCGAGGAACCUGUUCUGCUGAGGAACCUGCUCUGCUGAGGGACCUGUUCUGCUGAGGAACCCGCUCUGCUGAGGAACCUGCUCGGCUGAGGGACCUGCUCUGCUGAGGAACCUGCUCGGCUGAGGGACCUGCUCUGCUGAGGAACCUGCUCUGCUGAGGGACCUGCUCUGCUGAAGAACCUGCUCUGCUGAGGGACCUGCUCAUUCUCCAGGACUAUGGCACCACAUCUGAGACAUGGAUUCUCGGUCUCUCUUUCACAGCGCCGGUGUCUCCUCCUCCAUUAUCUCCUUCUCUCCGUCUAUUUCCUGACUGUUGCAGGGUUCAACCUGGAUACUAGCAUGACUCUGACCAAGGAGGGGGAGACCGGCAGCUUUUUUGGAUUCUCCUUAGCGCUUCACCAGCAACUCACACCAGAACCACACAGUUGGAUCCUGGUGGGGGCGCCGCGGGCCAGAGGAUUGGGCAUGAUGCACAGGAAGCGCCCUGGCGCUCUGUACCGCUGUCCAAUCACAGGCGAGGAGUUUGACUGCGAGCGCGUGGACAUCGAUGGAGACGUAAACCUCGACUGGGAAAGCAAGGACAACCAGUGGCUAGGAGUAACAGUCAAGAGCCAGGGGAUUGGAGGAAAGGUGGUGACGUGUGCCCAUUUGUACGAGCUGCGUCAGCGCGUGGGCCUGCCGUCGGAGACGCGGGACCCCAUCGGGCGUUGCUACGUGCUCAGUGAGGACCUGACCGAGAGGGAUGACCUAGAUGGAGGGGAGUGGAAGUUCUGUGAGGGGCGACCCCAGGGACACGAACAGUUUGGCUUCUGUCAGCAGGGUCUGUCUGCCGCCUUCACACCCGACAACCAAUUUAUCAUGUUCGGAGCUCCUGGAACGUACAACUGGAAAGGAGAGAUGCGCGUCCAGCUACUAAACCAGACUUUACUGGAUCUGGGUUUCUAUGACGACGGGCCCUAUGAAGUGGCGGAUGAGAAACAGCUGAAUGCUCAGCUGAUCCCUGUUCCCUACCAUAGUUACCUGGGCUUCUCAGUGGACUCUGCUCAAGGCAUAAUGAGUCGUGGUGAGCUGACCUUCGUGGCGGGGGCUCCGAGAGCCAAUCACACGGGGGCGGUGGUGCUGUUGCGUAAAGAUAACAUGUACCGCCUGGUGCCACAGCACAUCCUGUGGGGAGAGGAGCUGGCUUCUUCCUUCGGGUACUCUGUGGCUACGGCUGAUCUCAACAGUGACGGCUGGACAGACCUGAUAGUGGGAGCUCCUAACUACUUUGACCGAAAAGCAGAGAUCGGAGGUGCUGUGUACAUCUUUCUCAACCCAUUCGGUAACUGGGAAUAUGCUCAGCCAAUCAGGCUCAAUGGAACCUAUGACUCCAUGUUUGGAUUGACCGUCAACAACGUGGGAGACUUGGACAGGGACGGAUAUGACGACAUCGCUGUGGGGGCUCCGUUCGAUGGGGAUGGCAAAGUGUUCAUCUACCGAGGCUUGUCCUCAGGCAUCGACACCAAGCCUGCACAGAUUCUGGAUGGUGUGGACGAAGGGGUGAAGAGGUUCGGCUACUCCAUCUCAGGAGGUCUGGACAUCGAUGGGAACCUGUACCCUGACCUGGCAGUAGGCUCUCUCGGUGAUAAGCUAGUUCUGUACAGGUCUCGUCCGGUCAUUCACGUGACCCGGGAUGUAUCCAUCGAACCUCAGCAGUAUAUUGACCUGGAGCAACACAACUGCAAGGGGAGAGAUGGAGUGUGUGUGGAGGUCAAAGCCUGCUUCACCUAUACUGCUUACCCAGAGACCUACUCACCAGACAUCACCCUGGUCCUACUCAUCGAGGCUGACACAGAGCGCAGGAAGCUCGGCCUGCCCCACCGUGUUAGCUUCCUGGGUCGCAGUGCACAUGUGGCGGAGUACACACACACUGACGAGGUGGAGCUGAAAGGUCAACGCCAUCCCGCCUGCCAGAGCGCCACCUUCCAACUAAACGAGAAUAUCCGUGAUAAGCUGCGUCCCAUCUCUCUGGCCAUCACCCACACCAUCAGACCCCCCAUGUUCUCCUCAGAAACUAACCCAGAGGAACGAGACACACUACCUCCUGUACUGAGUGUUUCCAGCUCCAACACCCUGCACUCUGAGGUGAAUUUCCUGAGGGAAGGCUGUGGCGAUGAUAAGAUCUGUCAGAGCAACCUGAAGUUGACCUACCAGUUUGGAACCCGACCUUCCACCUCUGACCUCUUCACCCCUCUGCCAAGGGAUGAUGAAGAGGUGGCAGUGUUUUCUCUGUCUGACCAGAGGUCUGUGGUGUUGGAGGUGACCGUCACCAACAUGCCCUCAGACCCUCUGUUCCCAGAGGAGGAUGGAGAUGAUGCCCAUGCUGCCCAGCUACUGGUGACCCUGCCAGACACCCUGUCCUACUCUGGCUUCAGGGGACAACAGGUGGUGUGCCAGGCCAAUCAGAACGGGUCUCAGGCAGAGUGCGAGCUGGGAAACCCCCUGAAGAGAGAUGCUAUACUGAAAUUCUACAUCAUCCUCAGCACGUCUGCUAUCACCAUAGAGACCACGGAACUCACUGUCAACCUCCUGUUGGCUACCAUCAGUGAACAGCGAGACCUGGCCACAGUCACAGCCAUGGCUAAAAUCAUCAUAGAGCUCCCCCUGGCGGUCAGUGUGCUGGCCAGACCACACCAGCUGUUCUUCAGUGGGGCCGUAAAGGGGGAGAGUGCCAUGGAGACCCUGGACGAUGUGGGGAGUGCUGUGGAGUUUGAGUUUACGGUGACCAACACCGGGCCGUCCCUGCAGACUCUAGGCUCCGCCUUCCUCAACAUCAUGUGGCCUCACGAGCUGUCCAAUGGGAAGUGGCUCCUGUACCCUACUGCUCUCCACUUCCAUGGCCAUCCAGAAACACCCUGUACCCCCCACACCUCCCUCAACCCACGCAAGUUCUCCCACAGUUCUCCUUCUGACGACCAGCCACAGGCAGCAGGCCUGAAGGCCAGGAGGAAGGGGCGUUCCAACCCAGAAGAGGAGGGCCAUGUGAUGACCAAGGGCAGUCUGGGAAGGACUACGCCUGCUGUGGCUGCCUCAGAGAGACGCAAGUCACUCAAACUGGACUGUCUGCUGGGUUCAGCGCGCUGUGUGCUGUUCCAGUGUCCUCUCCACAGCUUCGCUGACUCUGCUGUCCUCAAGAUCCAGGGACGCCUUUGGAACAGCACCUUUCUGGAGGAGUUCCCAUCAGUCAGUGCUCUGGAGCUGCUGGUUAGAGCCAACAUCACAGUCAAGUCCAGCAUCAAACACCUGGUGCUGAGGGAUGCUGCUGCACAGAUCCCAGUGAUGAUUUACCCAGAGGUUGGUCUGACUGCCCAGUACUGGAUCCCCUGGUGGUGGAUUCUCAUAGCCAUCCUGGCUGGUAUCCUGGUGCUGUCUCUGCUGGUCUGCAUCCUCUGGAAGUGUGGUUUCUUCCGUCGGGUCCAGUAUGAAGACAAAGUUCCUCAGUACCAUGCUGUGAAGAUCCCCCGUCAAGACCGGCCCCAGUUCCAGCAGAAGGCAGGGAUCCUCCAGAAGAAGGAGUGGGCCACACACUGGAGCGACGGAAGCUCCUGAACAACAUCAACAAACAAGGACUAGAAUAGCAGCAAACACCCAUUCAACCCUAUGGCACUCACUAACUCUUCAGUGGAACAAACGUGUGCAGACUGACUGUGUCACAACACUGUUGUGCACAUUGAGGCUAUGUCCCGAUUAAUCACCCUUCUUCUGAAGUGUGCACACUUCCCAUCAUGGAUUUAUCAAUGGUGAAAACUGGCUCAAGCCGAUGCUAUUCUACUGUAUUCUACUGUAUUCUACUGUAUUCUACUGUAUUUUACUGUAUUGUACUUUUAGAAUGACUGGAUCAAUAUUCUGAACUGCUACUGCUGACUGACUAUCUGACUGACUAUCUGACUGACUGACUAUCUGACUGACUAUCUGACUGACUAUCUGACUGACUGACUAUCUGACUGACUAUCUGACUGACUAUCUGACUGACUGACUAUCUGACUGACUGACUGACUGACUGACUGACUGACUGACUAUCUGACUGACUAUCUGACUGACUGACUGACUGACUGACUGACUAUCUGACUGACUAUCUGACUGACUGACUAUCUGACUGACUGACUGACUAUCUGACUGACUGACUGACUGACUAUCUGACUGACUGACUGACUAUCUGACUGACUGACUAUCUGACUGACUAUCUGACUGAUUAUCUGACUGACUAUCUGACUGACUGACUAUCUGACUGACUGACUAUCUGACUGACUAUCUGACUGACUGACUAUCUGACUGACUAUCUGUCUGACUGACUAUCUGACUGACUGACUAUCUGACUGACUAUCUGACUGACUAUCUGACUGACUGACUAUCUGACUGACUGACUAUCUGACUGACUAUCUGACUGACUGACUAUCUGACUGACUAUCUGACUGACUGACUAUCUGACUGACUAUCUGUCUGACUGACUAUCUGACUGACUGACUAUCUGACUGACUAUCUGUCUGACUGACUAUCUGUCUGACUGACUAUCUGACUGACUAUCUGUCUGACUGACUAUCUGACUGACUAUCUGACUGACUAUCUGACUGACUAUCUGUCUGACUGACUAUCUGACUGACUAUCUGUCUGACUGACUAUCUGACUGACUGACUAUCUGACUGACUAUCUGUCUGACUGACUAUCUGACUGACUGACUAUCUGACUGACUAUCUGACUGACUGACUAUCUGACUGACUGACUAUCUGACUGACUAUCUGACUGACUGACUAUCUGACUGACUAUCUGUCUGACUGACUAUCUGACUGACUAUCUGUCUGACUGACUAUCUGACUGACUGACUAUCUGACUGACUAUCUGUCUGACUGACUAUCUGACUGACUGACUAUCUGACUGACUAUCUGUCUGACUGACUAUCUGACUGACUAUCUGUCUGACUGACUAUCUGACUGACUGACUAUCUGACUGACUAUCUGUCUGACUGACUAUCUGACUGACUAUCUGUCAGACUGACUAUCUGACUGACUGACUAUCUGACUGACUAUCUGUCUGACUGACUAUCUGUCUGACUGACUAUCUGACUGACUGACUAUCUGACUGACUAUCUGUCAGACUGACUAUCUGACUGACUAUCUGACAGACUGACUAUCUGUCAGACUGACUAUCUGUCUGACUGACUAUCUGACUGACUAUCUGACUGACUGACUAUCUGUCUGACUGACUAUCUGUCUGAUUAUCUGACUGACUGACUAUCUGUCUGACUGACUAUCUGACUGACUAUCUGACUGACUAUCUGUCUGACUGACUAUCUGACUGACUAUCUGACUGACUAUCUGUCUGACUGACUAUCUGACUGACUGACUAUCUGACUGACUAUCUGUCUGACUGACUAUCUGACUGACUAUCUGUCUGACUGACUAUCUGUCUGACUGACUAUCUGACUGACUAUCUGACUGACUGACUAUCUGACUGACUAUCUGUCUGAUUAUCUGACUGACUGACUGACUAUCUGACUGACUGACUAUCUGACUGACUAUCUGACUGACUGACUAUCUGACUGACUAUCUGACUGACUAUCUGACUGACUGAUUAUCUGACUGACUAUCUGACUGAUUAUCUGACUGACUGACUGACUGUCUGACUGACUGUCUGACUGAUUAUCUGACUGACUGACUGACUGACUGACUAUCUGACUGACUAUCUGACUGACUAUCUGUCUGAUUAUCUGACUGACUGACUGACUAUCUGACUGACUAUCUGACUGACUGUCUGACUGACUAUCUAACUGACUGACUAUCUGACUGACUAUCUGUCAGACUGACUAUCUGUCAGACUGACUAUCUGACUGACUGACUAUCUGACUGACUAUCUGUCUGACUGACUAUCUGACUGACUAUCUGUCAGACUGACUAUCUGUCUGACUGACUAUCUGACUGACUAUCUGACAGACUGACUAUCUGUCAGACUGACUAUCUGUCUGACUGACUAUCUGACUGACUAUCUGUCUGACUGACUAUCUGUCUGAUUAUCUGACUGACUGACUAUCUGUCUGACUGACUAUCUGUCUGACUGACUAUCUGACUGACUAUCUGACUGACUAUCUGUCUGACUGACUAUCUGACUGACUGACUAUCUGACUGACUAUCUGUCUGACUGACUAUCUGACUGACUAUCUGUCUGACUGACUAUCUGACUGACUGACUAUCUGACUGACUAUCUGUCAGACUGACUAUCUGACUGACUAUCUGUCUGACUGACUAUCUGUCUGACUGACUAUCUGACUGACUAUCUGACUGACUGACUAUCUGACUGACUAUCUGUCUGAUUAUCUGACUGACUGACUGACUAUCUGACUGACUGACUAUCUGACUGACUAUCUGACUGACUGACUAUCUGACUGACUAUCUGACUGACUAUCUGACUGACUGAUUAUCUGACUGACUAUCUGACUGAUUAUCUGACUGACUGACUGACUGUCUGACUGACUGUCUGACUGAUUAUCUGACUGACUGACUGACUGACUGACUGACUAUCUGACUGACUAUCUGACUGACUAUCUGACUGACUGAUUAUCUGACUGACUAUCUGACUGACUAUCUGACUGACUAUCUGACUAUCUGACUGACUAUCUGACUGACUGUCUGACUGACUAUCUGUCUGACUGACUAUCUGACUGACUGACUGUCUGACUGACUAUCUGACUGACUAUCUGUCUGACUAUCUGACUGACUAUCUGUCUGAUUAUCUGACUGACUGACUAUCUGACUGACUGUCUGACUGACUGUCUGACUGACUAUCUGACUGACUGACUGACUGACUAUCUGUCUGACUGACUAUCUGUCUGACUGAUUAUCUGACUGACUGACUAUCUGACUGACUAUCUGACUGACUGUCUGACUGACUAUCUGACUGACUGACUGACUGACUAUCUGUCUGACUGA